CCGCCGCUGGGGCGAGCCGGGCCCGGCGCGCACAUGGCGCUGCGGAGCCGCCGGCGGAGACCGGCUCUAGCCGGUAUAUAAGGGGCUGGGAGCGAGCACAGAGCAGCCGCCACCGCGGGCAGCGGGAGCAGAGAGCGGCCGCCGGGCAGCGGGGCAUCGGGGCAUCUCCUAUCGCCGCCCCGCAGAGGGUCUGCCGGGAUGGGCAGCUCGUAGCCCCGCUCCUCGCCCCGCCGCCAGCACCCGAUCAAAAAUGACGGUCAAAGCUGUAAAAAUGCCGUGCACUGCUCCAAAUGUUUAUACUAAAGUGCCUGACGGAGGAUGGGGCUGGGCGAUCGCUGUGGCUUUCUUCUUUGUGGAAGCUCUUACGUACGGCGUUAUAAAAUCAUUUGGAGUCUUCUUCAAUGACCUGAUGGAAAGCUUUGAUGAAACCAACAGCAGGAUAUCGUGGAUAAUAUCCAUCUGUGUGUUUGUGCAGACCUUCACAGCUCCUCUGUCGACGGUGCUCAGCAACCGCUUCGGUCACCGCUUCGUCGUGAUGGCUGGAGGGAUGCUGGUCAGCACCGGCAUGAUCACCGCCUCCUUUGCCCACAAUGUUGUCCACAUGUACAUCACCAUCGGCAUCAUUUCUGGCCUCGGGUACUGCCUCUCUUUCCUCCCGACUGUCACCAUUUUAUCACAGUAUUUUGACAAAAGACGUUCGCUGGUCACAGCAGUGGCAUCUACAGGAGAAUGUUUUGCUGUCUUCCUCUUUGCACCAGUAAACACUCAUUUGAAGGAGCAGAUUGGCUGGAGAUACAGCCUCCUCUUUGUUGGGGCGCUGCAGCUGAGCAUUGUCAUCUGUGGAUCGCUGCUGCGACCCAUGAUAAUCAAAGAGCAAGAAGAAGAAGAAGAAGUGAAGGUGCAGCCUCCAGAAGAGCCUGCAGAGACAAAGUACAUGCUUGAAAACGAGCAAACACGCACCUCAAUAGAGUCCAUUGACUCAGGAGUAGAAAUAACUACCUCACCCAAAAAUGUGCCUGGAAACACCAAAGCAGAGCCGAAAAGUGAAGAACCAAAGGACCAUGUACAGAUAAUUGUUGAAAAUAACAGCACCCCUACAGAACCAAAAACCAAACUACUGGACUUCUCUGUGAUGAGAGACUAUAGCUUUAUCUGUUAUGCAUUCUUUGGCUUAUUUGCUACCCUGGGAUUCUUUGCUCCCUCCCUGUAUGUCAUUCCCUUGAGCCGCAGCCUUGGCAUCAGCAAAGACCAUUCUGCAUAUAUACUGUCUGCAAUGGCGAUCGCAGAGGUCUUGGGCAGAAUUUCAGCUGGCUGGGUGCUCAACAAAGAGCCGAUCCGCAAGAUCCACAUUGAACUCAUCUGUGUCAUUCUGCUGUCCGUAGCACUGUUUGCCUUCCCUUUCGCCUCUGAAUUCUGGGGGUUGAUGACAUGUAGCAUAUUUUUUGGGUUCAUGCUUGGAACAGUAGCAGGCACACAUAUCCCACUGCUGGCAGAAGACGACGUGGUUGGCAUUGCAAGAAUGUCUUCUGCAGCUGGAGUCUAUGUCUUCAUUCAGAGCUUUUCUGGGUUGGCUGGCCCACCCCUUGCAGGCGUCAUAGUGGACAGAACACAAAACUACAGCUCGGCCUUCUAUUCCUGUGCUGCUGGCACGGUCAUGGGUGCUGUGUUUCUGUCCUUGGUGAGACCGUGCAGGGUUGGGAUGUGCCACCAGCAGCCACCGGGUGCGGAGGGAAGCGUGGUAGAAGGCACACAAGACUCACCAGAGGACUUCAUAGACAUGGACAUUGGGAAGGCAGAUCAUUCAGGAAAAGGCUCUGACAGCGUGGCUUAAAAACCGCUCCUGUACCAAGCAUCCUUGGUGUAAGGCUACGGAAAACGUCAACUCUGCUCCACAUUUUAAAACUGCAUUCUGAAGGGAAUGUGAAAUUUUAAAUGUGAACAGAACAGUCGCAUCAACAACUUAUUUUUUUUUUUUAAUUCUUAGAAGAAAAAAAAACUUUUUUUUAAAACCAAUUGAAAACUCCAUAGAAAGCCACAAAAGAGCAGCUCCUGCCUAGCAUGAAGAUGUGGUGCGCACUCCUGCUUUCUGAUACUGCCUGUAGCUGAAGUCUUGACCGAUCCCAUGUGAAAAACUGAAGAGCAGAAUCAGCCCAUGCAGCUCAAGCCAGCGGUGCAGUCUGACUGUCUCCAUCCCAUGCUGCAAGUCCUCUGCAGUCCAGAAACCAAUUACACUAACAAGAGAAGAGUAUUUCACACAAUACCAGUAGCCAACUGCAUUUUCUUGCAGAAGAAUAUGGACUGACGUUUCAGAUUAGAGGAGGAGGCCAGGCUGGAUAGCGGCUUAAAACAUUGCAAUUAUUCUUCUAAUUAACUUGAAUGUCACAAAUGCUGGGAAAUUGGAGGUUCCAUAUGUCUUUAUGGCCAGUUAUUACUGCACAUAUAUCACGAUAAGGUCAUUUUUCUUCUCCCAAUUGAUUUUUUUUUUUUUCUUAACUAUUUUCUAUUCAUUUUCUGUUUAUAAUUUAACUAUUUAUUAAUUUAUUCUGAUAGUUAAAGGACGCUAUUUUAAAUAACUGGAGAGGAAAAAUUAUCUUCUGCAUAGUGGGAAGCUGUCUUUGCGUUAGUCUUUUCAAUACCUAUAUUGUAUUGCUAGCUCGUGAAAUCAUUAGGAAACUUAAUUUUACAGCGUAGUUUUUAAUAGAUAGGCCUUAGGUAGCCCAAUUAUUAUUUAAAAGAUGAUGAUAAUAAUAAUAAACCACAGAUUCAGCAUC